AUGGGGUCGGGCGCAUCAGAGCUGGCAUCUGAUAUACCAGGAACAGACCUGUGUCUACCAUCUUCAGGAUUGCGGUUUUCCGCCCAACAAGUAAGGUCCCUUAACUCCUACGUGGACACGCUUUAUGAGGAGGACUUAAAUGGACGUAUGUCAGUGGAGACAGAAUGUGCUGUAGAGAGCUUGGUGCAGAGGAUAGUAGACGGCGCUGGGCAGAGAGACCCGCGCUUUCGUUGCUGCCAUCUCAUAGCAUUACAUAGGGAUAAGAAGAUGCGUUCUCGAUCUCUAGAAUAUCUGGUGACAUUAGACUCUCUGCCGAUUCUCAAUACUGACAGCGAAGAGUGCCGUCUACAAGAGGGUCCGGUCGGCUACGGAAAGAUCAGAUUGACUGGACGCGAAGCUGACAAGUGGUCCGAAUUCCUCACUCCUAAUGGGUAUUUGAACAGGGACAAGGUGGUGGAGCGCUGGGUGGAGCUGGUGGCGCGCUGUGCGCAGGCGCGCGGCGGGGGCGCGUCGCGCGCGCUGGGGGCCCGCGCCGCCGCGCGCGCCGCGCCCUACCGCUACUGCUACCUCGAGCGCGGUGAGUGCGGACCCUCGCCAACAGAGCACAGACUGGCCAUAGUGGAGGGCGCGGCGUGGGUGUUGGUGCGGGUGGGCGCGGGGCAGGCCGAGGCCAAGCUGGCGCUGGGCGCGCGCGUGGGCGGCUGCAGCGCGCACGCCUACACCACGCGCGUGCCGCUCACGCACCCGCUCGCCUUGCUGCACUACACGGCCGCGCAGGCGGAUUAUUACGCAGCUGCAGUUGCACCGCCACCGUCGAUAGUCAAUGCGGAUCGAGCUUCGACUUGGCAGCUGUGGCAUCCUGCCCUGGAAGCUACGUUGGAUGGGCAUAACUCCCCGGAUUCUUCCAUCGCCAGAAUCGCGGGAGCCCUAAAUAGUAUGAUUGACAAAAUGAGGGAAGGAUGUUUUCAGGGCGCGGCGCAGCAGCUGAGCCGGCACGCGGCGUGGUGCGCGCUGCGGCGCCGCGUGGAGCGCGGGGCGGCGCGGGCCGGCGCCGCGCGGUUGUUCCUGUGCGCGCACCUCGCGCACCAUCUGCUGCUCGUGCUGGACGACCUGUACCACAUGUGCUCGCACGGCGGCGUGUCGGGGUUCGUGUUCGCGGUGGAGCGCGCGGCGGGGGCGCGGCGGGGGGCGCGCGCGCACUCGUGGGCGGCCGACGCGCUCGCGCUGCGCCACGCGCUGCUGUACCUGCGCCGCCUGGCCGUGGGCGAGCACGUGCCGCCGUCGCCGGCCGAGCGGCUGGAGAGCGCGCUGGCGGGGCGCUGGGCGGCGGCGGCGCGGGGCGCGGCGGGGCGGGGGGACGCGCCGCCCGCGCCGCUGCUGCGCUACGUCGCGCGCGCCGCGCGGGAGCUGCUCGCGUGCAAGAACAUGGUGUCCCACGAACACACCAACUCGUUCCGUGCGAACCUCCUCCAAGCGACGUCCCACCACCAGGAGCACGUGGAGGAUCUGGUCCACAUCAUAGCGAUCAUGUUGGACCAGGCGCGGGACGCCUACCUCUCACACCUGCAACACAGUUUCGCCAUUGACAAGGAACUUGCGUCGUACAGGUCGAAGAAAUGGAAUAAGCUGAAGGACUACUACGACGCGUCAUCCGCGUGCCUCAUCGACGCCGUGCGGCGGGACGCCGACGGUGGCGCGCGGGACGGCCGGUCCGAAGCGGUCAUCAGCUCUGUGCUGCGUUGGCUCCAUAAAGGCGCCAAGGAAGACAAGAAAUACCUCGGACCAGUUCUAAAACCAUACCUGAACGAUCUCUACAACACUGCUUCGGAGAACUCGUGGCUUUUGGAAGAUUUUGAGGAUAAGCGGUGCUUGGAGGAGUUCGAAGGGUUGAAGUCGUACUGUCUCAGCGUACACGAGGGCUCGGACGCCUGUGCGGGGUUGCUGGAUGCUGCGAAUAAGUUCGCUUGGGCGAAGGCCCUGGUCGACGUCGUGAUUCGAUAUCGACAUUUUGACUUCCGCUUGGUGUUCCCGACGGGCGGCGGGCUGGCGCUGUCGCUCGGCGUGCGGCUGGCGGCGCGCGCGGCGGCGGCGCGGCGCCACAAGGCCGACGCCAAGUGGCGGCUGGCGCGCCGCUGUGUGCUCGCCACGUUCAGCGCUGCGCUGGUGGGCAGAACACAAACAAAACAGAUAUCACACAACGGAAGUACCGAAGAGAUACUCACUAGUAUAAAAAAUGGUAACUUUUGGAGGAAUACUACUAAACCCGACGUCAUUCCGUCCACUUCCAACACCAACACUUUAGACCAUCCCAAGAUAAGGCGAAGAUCGAGAAGGAGCAGACCAGCUACGGCUUAUGGAUUUCCAGAAAUUUCCAUCACAGAUCAAUCCGAUAUCAAAAGUUUAAGGCGAAAAUAUCAUACAUUGAAGAGUUUGGUCUACAAGGAGCCUGUGGAAAAUAUCAAGGAGUUGCGCGAGAGGCCGAGGUCGGCCGGGUCCACUGUGAGGAAUAAGGAAACAUUGAGUAGACCGACGAUUCUAGAAACUUUGGACUUCAUCAAUAGUGUAAAGGAUUCAUUUUCCGUGGAGGAGUCCGGAGCCUCCGAGGCGGAGGAGGCGGCGUGGUCGGGGCGGGACGAGUGCGUGGUGUGGCAGUGCGCGAGCCCGCUGUCCGCCGCCAGCGCGCGCUGCGGGGGCGCGCUGCACGCCGCGCUGGGGGACCUCGUGCCCGCGCUGCUCGCGCGCGGGAACUUCUCCGUGCUGCAGGAGCUGUGCGCUCUGGUCCCCAACAGCGAGGGCGCGCUGUUCGCGCUGCACCGCCUGGCGCGCGCGGCGCGGUCGCGCUCCGCCGCCCGCCACAGGCUACCUGAGACGGAUGAGUCAAAACAGGAGGCGCCGCAGAGAUACCGUCCGAGGCCCCCCGACUACGAGUCCGGAGACGAGGCUCCACAGCCGCCGCCGCUGCCGCGACAUAGGAAGGAGAAACAGCCAAAGCAACAUACAGAUUUCGUGCCGCAAUCCCGCCUGCAAACGUUACAAUCCGAUAUGGACCAAUUGCAGCUAAUAUCUUCCAAGCUUACCCUCCAAAGCUUAAACCAUAACUCGGAUCAAUGCACGGGCAUCAUUAAUCCCAUUUACGAUAUAAAAAUGCCAAGAGAUAAAUUUACUGUCAAGCGUACCAAGUCGUUGGGCAGAAGUUUCAGUUCUAGGAGUCUAGGUAUAGAUAUAACUAGGUAUAAUUUAAGUCUAGGUCAAAGAAAUGGGAAAAGGACGAACGAUGUCGUCACAGCUAUAAAUGGUACUACGGGCGAGACUGGUCUGGAAUUUAGGAAUAAUUUCUUCCAUAAAAAUAGCGUUUCGAACGUUGUUGGCGAUUCGUAUAGAAUUAGUAGAGCUACUAUCGACUAAUCAGUGUUAUAUAAACGGUAUGGAUAAAUUAAUCCAAUUUGAAAACACAUAAACUGAUAGAAUUCCGAAAAUUCAGGCCCAAGCCUCAAAUAUCAAAGUGCCUAGGGGCUUUGGAUCUAUAAGUUCGGGCUAUACUAUACAGCUUCUUUAUAAAAACAGACAAGAAUGUCACCGCCAAACACGAUUGUGAAAUUUCUGGAAGUAGUAAGCGAUAUUGAUUAUAAUAAUUUAUACUAUAAUAAUUGGUAAUAUUUAAAAUACGUAUGUCACGUAUUGAAAUAGCGUAUUACCAUACGUCGGUUUUCGACGUUUCAUGAGUGAUUUACGAAGUGCAUUCU